CGGUCGCGUUGAUCAGUGGGGGUGGCUCUGCCAAGCGCCGGGGCUGGAAGGGAGGCGGCUGAGGUGCUAUUCUUAAAGGGGCCCGAGGGAAGGCUAGAGGCUGCUGGCUGCCGGAAGGAAAAUGAGUGAGUCUUUGGUGGUUUGUGAUGUUGCUGAAGAUUUAGUGGAAAAACUGAGAAAGUUUCGUUUUCGCAAAGAAACAAAUAAUGCUGCCAUUAUAAUGAAGAUUGAUAAGGAUAAGCGCCUGGUGGUACUGGAUGAAGAGCUCGAGGGCAUUUCACCAGAUGAACUUAAAGAUGAACUACCUGAACGACAACCUCGCUUCAUUGUGUAUAGUUAUAAAUAUCAACAUGAUGAUGGAAGAGUUUCAUAUCCUCUGUGUUUUAUUUUCUCCAGUCCUGUUGGUUGUAAGCCUGAACAACAGAUGAUGUAUGCUGGGAGUAAGAAUAAACUAGUUCAAACAGCUGAACUAACCAAGGUAUUUGAAAUAAGAAAUACUGAAGACCUAACUGAAGAAUGGUUACGUGAGAAACUUGGAUUUUUCCACUAAUGUGAAGUUCUGUGUUUCUAAAGUAUUUAUGUAUUAACCUGACCAUACUGGAACCAGACAUAAAUACUUAUUUAUGCCUAAAAAUGCACUGUUACUUACAGUUUGUUUCCUGCAGUAAAAAAAAAUUUUUCAUUUGUUCAAAGUUUGGACAAAGAGGACAUCAUCUUCAUAGUAAUGAAACUUUGUAAAAUGUUCCUUAUAUUUGUAAUUGUUAGGUGGAUUACUUCUCUCCAGGGACUUUUUGCACUCUUGUGACUAAUUUCUAUAACUUAUGGUUCAGAAUUUGUUACUGUUUGCAGAUACCAUCAGAAAGUGGGUAUUAUGAGAGACAACAGUUGCCUCCUUUUGACAAAUACUGGAUAUUAGCAGUUUAUAUAUGAAAAUAGUAUAUUAUCACUUGUCAAAAAUUCGAAAUUGAUAUGGGGUAAAAGACUUGAGCGACCCAAUUUUGAGCCAUGAAUAAUAAUUUACUAUAGUGUAACCUGCAUUACAAGUACAUUUUUCAUCAAUUCUAUUCCUUCUAUGGUUUCCUGUAUCUUUGUAAUCAAGUCCAGAAACGUUGUUCAUCAGUCGCUUGCUGUUAAGGUCGGAGAGUUAGAUUUUAUAAUAAUUUUGACUGUUGUUAUGGAAAAUAGCAUCUUAGGAAUAGAUGGGUUGUGACUAAUCAAGGGCUUCAUUCCUGGUUUUGUCAUUUCUAGAGAGUUUUGAAUCUAGGUUAAUAACACCUUAUUUAUAAAGCACCUCUUAAUGUUGUCCUGUGAAAACUAGUUAUUUUAAAUGUGUUAAUACUGUGCCUUUGAUUUAUUAGCUUUAAAGUUAGUUUAAGAUUUUUUCACUGCCAGUAUUCCAGAUUUGGUGAAAUUAAUACUUUUGUAAAGGGUCCAAGUAAAACAAUUUUCUAAUGUGUAUCUGAAAUUUGUAAUAAAAUCCACUUCGUAUUUUUAAAAUUCCAACUAUCUGCUUGCAUUGGUGAAUAUAUGGCAGUUGAGAGUUCUAAUUUUGGGUCUAUCUUUAAUUAGUUUUGUGCCAUAGGAAAAAAAUUGCUUAUCUUAUAACCUUGGCCAUAGUUAAUAUUAACACUCAAUAAAAAUUGCAUUUUAUAUCCUAAAUUUCAGAAAGUAUUCUAAAUUAAACACCUGUCUUGUUAGAUGAUGGCAUCCUUGGAAUAGAGCAAGGAUUCUAAUAUAUAGUAUACUUUAAAAACAAAUGAGUAACUUUAACAUUAAUUUGACAAAAGGUCUUGAGCAAAAGACUAAAUUUGGUGAGUGAAUUCUUAUAUUAAGAAUAUCUUAGUGACUUCAAAACUAGCAAAGGCAUUUUUUCGUGUUGGCAUAUUUUCUGCUCAUAUGUUCUUUGCAUUUUUUGAGGUAUUUGUGCCAACUUUAACAAAGAUAUAAAGAUAGUUGGAAUUUUCACAAUAUUGAAUAGAGCAUCUUCUGUUCCCAAUGCUGUUUGGCUUCACUAAUCUAGAAACAGGAAGCAAUAGGAAGUUAGUUGGAGAUGAGGAAGUGCUAGAGUGGGUAUUUGUUUUGGUUAAUGAAUGGGAAGUAUUCUUUAUUCCAGUUUC